AUGGCUGCAUUCCUGACGGCCUUCGUGAACCCGUUCAAUUAUGUUGGCGGCGUGAGCUUUUCUCCCGAAACUGAUAUCCCAGACUUGGCCGAGAAGGUUAUACUGGUCACGGGAGGAAAUGCCGGCCUGGGCAAAGAGUCCAUUCUCCAACUAGCCAAACACAACCCGAAGAAAAUUUUCCUCGGAGCGCGCUCUGAGUCAAAAGCACAGGAAGCUAUCAAGUCUGUGAAAUCAUCGGUUCCAAACGAUGUCGAAAUUACAUGGGUUCCAUUGGACCUCAUGUCGGGUGAAUCUGUCAAGAAAGCCGCCGAACAGGUCAACGCCCAGACCGAUCGACUCGAUAUCUUAAUCCUCAAUGCAGGCGUGAUGGCUCUGCCUCCCGGAGAGACGGAACUCGGCCAUGAGAUUCAGCUAGGAACAAACCAUACCGGCCAUUUCCAUCUCACCAAGCUUCUUCUGCCGACAUUGCUCAAGACGGCUGAGCAGCCUGACUCGGAUGUUCGAGUUGUUUCGCUUUCGUCGAUUGGACAUAACUUCGCUCCAGCAUUUGAAACAUUCUUGGACCAAGAUAAGCUGAAGAGCGUUAAUACCAAUGCUCGGUAUGGUGCGUCAAAGGCCGCCAAUAUCCUCUUCGCCGCGGAGCUCGGCAGGCGCUAUCCGUCGAUCACGUCCGUUUCGGUUCACCCGGGCGUUAUCAUGACGGAUCUGUACGGAGCUAUGAAUGAGCGCUCUUCUAUUGCUUCUAUGGGACACAAGGUCAUGGGCUGUAUUGGGACAUCGGUGUCUCAGGGUGCGUACAAUCAGCUGUGGGCUGCUGCUGGUGCGAAGAAGGAGGAGCUUACGAAUGGCGCGUACUACGUCCCUGUUGGUAAUUUGAAGCCCCAUAACAGAUUCUCGAGUAGUGAGGAUAUGGGGAAGCGCUUGUGGGAGUGGACUGAGGCUGAGUUGCACAAAGCCAAUUUGUGA